AUGGAUUCCGUUGUAGAACUUCCAGGACAACGAGUUUGUCGUGUGAUGAGUAAUAACGAGAAGAAGGGACGUUUUACGAUUGAGAAUCUGAGUCAUGUUCGUUGCGCCCUCAUUUCGGAUCGUGAAAAGCUUGGUCUCUUGGAAAUUGCUACCACAUCAGCGCACCACGACGACGAUGGCAAGAUGGCAGAAGCUAAGUUGACGUUGAGCAUGAAGGAACCACAGCGAAAAACUUCCGAAGAUACAUACGUCAUGGAAGUGGUUGAGACCAAUAUCGACUAUUGUGAUUGUUUCAUUUACGGUGACCCUCAUGUCAUCAUAUGUGCACUAAGCACGGACGAGAAAUCAAAUGCUUUGGAUCGGAUAGAUACCAUCAGAACUAAGAUGGAGUCCCACGAAUGGAUGUGCCCUGUGAUUCUUCUCGCGUACCACACUGAAACUGGUGUCGUCCCCUAUGAUGUCAUGAGAGGACUGAAAGAGUUGUCUAGAAAUCCGAGAGUUUUUCGAUGCAUGGAAGCGACAUCUCUAGGAAGGAAACUUCUCCGUCAUUGCCUUGUCAUCGCGCUUCUCGCAGCUCGCCCGUUCCUGGCCGAGGCUGGGCCUCGAGCAGAGAAUGACGUGAGCAUCAACGACGGAUGCGACAAGCGACGAGAAAAACCACGAAGACAUCAGUCCGAAGAGAGAAAAUCGCCUAGGAUUGACUUUCUUCACAGAAAAUCAUCGUUUAGAAAAUCCUGUAGGAUUCAAUGA